AUGGCUGCCUCGACCCCGGUAUCCGACAAGAUACCGACGACAAAUUCAGCAAAAUUACGUAGCUGCGUUGUCUGUCGGAGUCGAAAGGUUCGUUGUGACAAGUUGUCGCCGUGUUCGAAUUGCCGAAGGGCGAAUAUUCCAUGCGUUGUCCCUUCCACCGACCGACCUCCUCGAUGGGCUCGUCGCCUUGAGCGUGCCGGUAACUUGGGAGUAGCAUCAAACAGUGCAAAGCCAACACAAGAAACCGGCUCCAAAGUAGAUCCUGUUAUUGAGAGAUUACAUAACCUUGAAAAUUUGGUCAAGGAGCUAAAAGGUCAGCUGGAGCAAGCCAAUGCUACAUCGGCGCAUUCCAAUGGCAAUGAAUUGUUCGAACUUGAUUCUUCUGAGACUUCAUAUCUCAAUCUUGAUCACAAUACCGACGGUCAGAAAGAUACCUUGGCGAAUGUAGCAAGUACUUCUGAGGUACAGAACAAAUUUGGAAGGCUAGUCCUAAGGGAUGUCAACCGAAGUCGUUAUUUAAGCAGUGGUUUCUGGGCACGUAUGAACGAUGAGAUUGAGGGGUUACAAAUGGAAGCUCGUGGGGCUAUACACGAAUCUGAUAUCUCAUCAGACGAGGAAGAACCUUCCGAGGAGACAAUCUCCACAUUGGAACAAGAACGAACGCCAUUGGAGAGGCACGGGUUCUUAUUCAAACAUAACUUAAGCCUUUCGGAUUCCGAUCUCUCGAAAUUACGGCCUUUGCCGUCACAGAUACCCUUUCUGUUGAAUGUGUAUUCGGAAAACAUACACAUAUUCAUGCGAAUCGUAGAUCUUCCGCUUCUUACCCAGGAAAUUCGUGAUUUACGUGAAAAUAAAGAAAAGAGACUAACGCCAGCAAACGAGGCUUUGAUGUUCUCCAUCUACUAUGCUACAAUAAUGUCAAUGGAGGAAGAUGAGAUCAUUGCCAACUUCGACUGUACGAAAUCCGAGUUGAGUUUUAAGUAUCGACUUGGCCUAGAGCACUCUCUUGCAAAAGCCGACUUUCUUACCGAGCCAGAUAUGACUCUAGUACAAGCCCUGGUCAUUUUUCUUUUUCUUGUUCGACGCCAGGAAAGUCCUAGAAGAGUAUGGUGGGCUGUUUGUCUACUGGAUUUACGAGCAUCAGAGGAUCAAGGUACGGAAUUAAGCACCACUAGCAAUAGUGUUGACACAAAGUUUCCACUCAAUAUUGAUGAUGCCGACCUCAAGCCUCAUACUAAGAACAUGCCAUCAGUGCGUCAGGGCGUAGCCGAUAUGACUCUCACAGUUAUUUCGGCCGAGAUGUGUGAUGCUAUGAGACGUCUGAUGGUUUCCAGUAUGGGAGAAAGCCCUCUGACCGCGGAAACUCAAAUUCGUCUCCUAAAUGAUCUCUACGGCUUGGUCGACCGACAUUUUCUUAAAUUUGAUGUGGGGGACAGAAAGAGAUCAAAGUUCAAGGAUUUGGGUCCCGCUGCGGAAGCUUAUGACAAAGACACGAACAUUUUCCUUGAACGCUGGCGUGAACUUGUUGGCAAACCUCAACAAAUAGAAGGCGAGGGAUCGGGCAUUGGAAUACAUACACCAGCAACAGUCGACACAGUCCCAAUUGACUGGUACAACCAAUCCGCAAUUCCAGAUGCAAUGUCAAUUCCCUGGACUGAGGUAGACCUUUCAUCCGGCAUUUUUGGAGAUAUAGACAUGAAUAUGGAUUUGGACAUGGAUGUGAAUUGGUAUGAAUGGAUUGAAUCCGCGCAGGGUAUGGAGAAUUGA